AUGGGACCUGCAGUGCUGCUGGUUGCUGGCCUGGCCUGGACUGUCCUGGAGACUGCAACUGCCACCGAGUGGAGCUGUGCAAAGCCUGCAGAGAUUGAACAUGGCUACGUGGAGCACCUGAUCAAGUACCGCUGCGACCCAUACUACCAGCUGCGUGGCUCUGGUGACGGCACGUACAAGUGUGACGAGGAUCACACGUGGGUGAGCCCUGAAGCUGGCAAGGAGGUGCCUGUCUGCGAGCCAGGUGAGAGCAGAGCAGCAGGGUCUGGGGCUGCGAGGGGCAGGGUGGGUGGGGGGCUNNNNGGGGGCUGCGGUGUCCCCCGCCACAACCUCACCGUGGGGGCCACACUCAUUGGUGACCAGUGGCUGCUGACCACGGGCAAGAAUGUCUACCUGAACCACAGCGAGGACACCAAGCCGGAGGAGAUUGCCCCUACGCUGCAGCUCUUCCUGGGCAGCCAGGAGCAGCCUGCCUUGGACAUCGAGCAUGUGGUGCUGCACCCUGACUACCCGGAGGCUGUGGAUCUGGCCCUGCUGAAGCUCAAGAAGAAGGUGCAACUCGGAGAGGAGGUGAUGCCCAUCUGCCUGCCCCAGAAGGACUAUGUGCGCCCAGGGCGGGUGGGUUACGUCUCAGGCUGGGGCCGCGGUGCCACCUUUGCCUUUCCCAGCAUGCUGAAGUAUGUGAUGCUGCCGGUGGCAGAGGGUGAGGAGUGCAGGCAAUACUACGAAGCCGUGGAUGACACGGGUUCCGCGGCUGGCAUCCUCAGCUACGACAAGACCUGCACGGCCUCCAAAUAUGGCGUAUACGUGGACGUGCAGCGUGUCCUGGCCUGGGUCAAGGAGACGGUGGCAGCCAUCUGA